AUGGCUGGACAGAAAAAGGAGGUCGCAUCGAGCGCCCCGCCUCAUGGCUACCACUUCGGCGGACCUUGGGGUACCGCCGGCGUUUCUACCAUCCUCCCCAUUGUCGUGUACGCCCUCGCAUUCGCCUGCAACGACGUCUCCGGCUGCCCUGCCCCGUCUCUCCUUGACCCGAAAAAUAUCGACUUGGCGCAGCUCAAGCGUGAGGUUGGAUGGCCAGAACAAGGCGUUUGGGGCCUGGGUAGCAUUAACGCUACUCUGGCUGUCGUUGGGUACUUCUUCUUCAACGCCCUACUGUACCGGUUCCUUCCUGCUCAGGAAGUAGAUGGUGUCGUACUGGCCUCCGGCGGCAAGUUGAAGUACAGGUUCAACUCCUUUGCAUCGAGCAUGUUCAUCGUUGCGAUCCUCGCCGCCGGGACUGCCCUUGAGGGUGCCGACUGGGCUCUCUGGGUCUACAUCUCCGACAACUAUAUACAGAUUCUCACGGCCAAUAUGAUUUUGGCUUUUGUUAUUGCCACUUACGUCUACGUUCGCAGCUUCAGCGUCAAGCCUGGGAACAAGGAGAACCGCGAGCUUGCCGAGGGUGGCCACUCAGGCAACCUCAUUUACGACUGGUUCAUUGGCCGCGAGCUCAACCCGCGCGUCACGAUCCCAAUCAUUGGCGAGGUUGACAUCAAGCACUGGAUGGAGGUCCGCCCUGGUCUUCUCGGCUGGGCCAUCCUCAAUUUUGCCUGGAUCGCCAAGCAGUACCGCACAUAUGGCUUCGUCUCCAACAGCAUUGUCUUCAUUUCGGCCAUUCAGUUCCUCUAUACGGUAGAUUGCUGGUGGAACGAGCCUGCCAUUUUGACGACCAUCGACAUCACCACCGAUGGGUUCGGCUUCAUGCUGUCCUUUGGCGACAUUGCAUGGCUUCCAUUCAUCUACUCUAUGCAGACGCGGUACCUGUCCAUGUACCCCGUGUCCCUGAACGCCUUCCAGGUGACUACCAUUGGAGCUACCAUCUGCCUGGCCUAUUACAUCUUCCGUGCCUCCAACAACCAGAAGAACAAGUUCCGCACCAACCCCAACGACCCCAGCGUCGCCCAUCUCAAGUACAUUGAGACCAAGGCUGGCACCCGCCUUCUCAUCUCUGGCUGGUGGGGUGUCGCCCGCCACAUUAACUACCUUGGCGAUUGGCUUCAGGCGUGGCCAUACUCUCUUCCCACAGGCAUGUCGGGUUACCAGAUUCUGACUGCGGGUUCCGGCCUAGUUGAGCAAGGCGUAGAGGGUGCCUUCAAGACCCUUGACGGUCGUGAGGUGGUACAGGGUGCCGCUCGCGGCUGGGGCAUUCCUGUUACGUACUUUUACGUGCUUUACUUCGCGAUCCUGCUCAUUCACCGCGACCGCCGCGACGAUGACAAGUGCGCACGUAAGUACGGUGAUGACUGGGAGAAGUACAAGAAGAUUGUCAGGUGGAAGAUUCUUCCUGGCGUGUAUUAG